GUCACUUAGUAAUUGUCUGUGAUCGUCUUCUGUGGUGUUGUGAAGUAAUGGUGUCCAAUUAAUUCCGUAAUUUUUCGGCUACCUGACUGUGAGGCCAAGUAUGAUUUGUAAUGCUGCUGGUGGUCUCACAACUAUAAAUUGAAGUACAUUAGAGUAAUACAAGUGAAACAAGAGCUGUAUUUUCGUUCUUCGUUCAUGGCGUCUUCAGUGACAGACGGGGAUGGACCUCAAAAAGAAGAAUCUGCAAGUGGUGUGAGCAGUGGCAGUUCAUCUAAAGCUGGGCUUCAGCGGAACAAUGAAGAUGAAGGAGCAGUUGAGAUGAUUCGAAGAUAUUUGGCUGAGAAGUUAGGAUUCUAUGAGGAUAAAAAGAAAGAAGUAUCAGAAGGAAAGGCUAAGGUGCUAACAGAGGCAUCUGUUGAUGGUGUUAUAAAGUACAUUCAAGAUGGGAACUGCAAAAAUGUAAUCACAAUGGCAGGAGCUGGUAUAUCCACAUCUGCUGGUAUUCCUGAUUUCCGUUCCCCAGGAUCUGGCCUCUACCACAACUUAGAGAAGUACAAAUUACCCGAUCCGCAAGCAAUCUUUGAGAUAGGCUUUUUCCAGCGUAAUCCACAACCAUUCUUCACUCUUGCCAAGGAACUGUAUCCUGGUUCUUUUAAGCCAACUACAUCCCAUUAUUUCAUACGACUUUUAAACGAGAAGGGCCUGCUACGUCGUCAUUAUACACAGAAUAUUGACACACUGGAGCGAGUAGCAGGCCUACCUGCAGAGAAGAUUGUGGAGGCUCAUGGAACAUUCCAUACAUCUCACUGUCUUGAAUGCAAACAAGAAUAUGAAAUUGAGUGGAUGAAAGAACAAAUAUUCUCUGAUUCAGUUCCCACUUGUGAAAAAUGUAAUGGUGUUGUAAAGCCAGAUAUAGUUUUCUUUGGAGAAAAUUUACCAACACGCUUCUUUUCCUGCAAUGAAAAAGAUUUCUCUAAGUGUGAUUUGCUGAUCAUCUUAGGUUCAUCUCUUGCUGUGCAACCAUUUGCAUCUUUAAUAGACAGAGUGCCAAAAGAAUGUCCACGCUUGCUGAUUAAUCGCGAGAAAGCUGGUCAGAGAGACCGGCUGAUGACACUGUUGGGAAUGGGAAGUGGUAUGGACUUUGACUCGGAUGACAACUUUCGAGAUGUGGCAUGGCUGGGAGAUUGUGAUGAGGGAUGUCAGAUGUUGUCAGAUAAACUUGGCUGGGGGGAUGAGCUGAGCACACUUGUUAAGGAAGAGCAUGCACGAAUUGACAAAGAAAAGAAAGAAGAAGCCUCCAAAAGAAAAAUAAAAUAUCCCUCUGAGAAAAAAAGAGCAGAGUCAAAAAACCAUUGAAUGUACUGAAUAUGUAAACAUAUGCAUUGUAACUUUCUAUUAAACAGCAGCUUUAAACAUA